AGGUUUGUAUUGAAGUACGUACUCUGACAGACUGAUGAACAGAGCCUUAGUAGACUGCCCAGGAUAUUUUAAAGAAUUAUUGAAGACGAAGGUUUUUAUUUUUGUGUGUUUUUUAAUGAUUAUGCAGAAUAUUAAAUAGAAUACAGUUUUGAUAUGACGGCAAAAAGUGUUUGUUUGACAUCUACAAAUGCAGAACUGAGGGACUUUAUAGAUCAGAAUUCCAGUCCAACAAAAGGUAACGUUUCACUUGUUGCAUUUCCAGUUUCCAGCACUCACUCACCAACAAAAAUUUUACCGAAAACCUUAGGGCCAAUAAAUGUGAAUGUUGGACCCCAAAUGAUUAUAAGCACACCACAGAGAAUUACCAAUUCAGGAAGUGUUCUGAUUGGGAGUCCAUAUCCCCCUGCACCAGCAAUGGUCACGCAGACACACAUAGCUGAGGCUGCUGGCUGGGUUCCCAGUGAUAGAAAACGGGCUAGAGAAUUUAUAGACUCUGAUUUUUCAGAAAGUAAACGAAGCAAAAAAGGUGAUAAAAAUGGGAAAGGCUUAAGACAUUUCUCAAUGAAAGUGUGCGAGAAAGUUCAGCGGAAAGGCACGACAUCAUACAAUGAAGUCGCUGAUGAACUGGUAUCCGAGUUUACCAAUUCAAAUAACCAUCUGGCAGCCGAUUCGCAGGCUUAUGAUCAGAAGAACAUUAGACGAAGAGUUUAUGAUGCUUUAAAUGUGCUAAUGGCAAUGAACAUAAUUUCAAAGGAAAAAAAAGAAAUCAAAUGGAUUGGCUUGCCUACCAAUUCUGCUCAGGAAUGUCAAAACCUGGAGAUAGAGAAGCAGAGGCGGAUAGAACGGAUAAAGCAGAAGCGGGCCCAGCUACAAGAACUUCUCCUUCAGCAAAUUGCUUUUAAAAACCUGGUACAGAGAAAUCGACAAAAUGAACAGCAAAACCAGGGUCCUCCAGCUCUGAAUUCCACCAUUCAGCUGCCAUUUAUAAUCAUUAAUACGAGCAGAAAAACAGUCAUAGAUUGCAGCAUCUCCAGUGACAAGUUUGAAUACCUUUUUAAUUUUGAUAACACUUUUGAGAUCCAUGAUGACAUAGAAGUACUGAAGCGGAUGGGAAUGUCCUUUGGUCUGGAGUCAGGCAAAUGCUCUCUGGAAGACCUGCAAAUUGCAAAAUCCCUGGUUCCGAAAGCUUUAGAAGGCUAUGUCACAGAUAUCUCUACAGGACCUUCUUGGUUAAACCAGGGACUGCUUUUGAACUCUACCCAAUCAGUUUCAAAUUUAGACCUGACCACUAGUGCCACCGAACCGCAAUCAAGGGCAUCACUGCCUACUGUAAAGCACACUUUCACCAUGGACCAUCCAGACAGCGACAGUCUUGCCAAGUGCCAAAACAAUCUGAGGAACCCAGGGGAUCUCCUCUCCAAGCCCUACCAUGCAGUGUCAGCCUGGGACCUCUCAGGACUCCAGGUGCAGAUGGUCACAGUCACGAGAGAUUUUGGACAUUAGUAGGGACUAGAGAGGUGGAGUUGCCAUCUGGGCCAUAGUGGCUUGUUUCCAACCAAAUUAUUUGGGCUUCAGAGGCCAAUACUUUGCCAUGCUUGAGUUGCUCCUCCUCAGAUAUCAUCUGAAUACAAAGGUGGCCUAGUUCUGCACGGUCAGACUCCUCAUGUUGUUAUGUUUCUUUAUACUUAAGUGUCCCAGUGACCCGGCCAAUUCCUGUGAAUGUGGCACAUUUCCACUAGUGUAGGACAACAGUCUGAGAAAUGGGACCAGUCCUCCACCUGCUCUGGUUGUUCAGGAGGCCUGAGUUCUGGGGACCCCAUCAGUGCUGUGAAGCGCCUGGGUGCCCAUUUACCCUGCCACCCUGUACCUGGACAAAAGGGAGGUGAUGGCUGAGAUCACCAGGUGGCCCACUUUCCACUUAGAGACACUUGGCUCUCCUCAUGUCUCCAGAAAAGUCUAACUUUGUUCUUUUUCUGCGUGAAGCAUAGGCUGGUGUCAUGCCCUAAGUAGUUGGAACGAGGUAAGAGGGAAACACAUCUCGUCUGCCUCUUAGAGACUUUCCUUCCUAGGUUGAGUACACAGGCUAAUACAUUAUUUUGUAGUAUCUCAAACUUUGCAUAAAUACUAUUAUUUUUGUAUGGGAUUUUUUAUAGAAGAGCUAUUUCUGUAUACUUAUUUCUGUUUUUUUGAAAUGCCUUCCAGUAGGUAGCCAACAAGUCUUAAGCAGUGUUCCACGGUGGGUGGCUCAGGGACCACCUACUCAGAAUAGACAGGGAAUUUAAAUCUUUUCAGUCCCUGCAUCCACUCCAGACAGAAGCUCAGGGCGUGCCCAGGAAGCAUUAGUUUUAAUAAGCUCUGAGUUAUUUUUUCAUCAAUUCACACAUCUUUGUCCGUACUGUAAAAGAAGAAAACAUCUGAAAUGAGUAUGUUGAGCUUGAGAAAAAUUGUAUCAUAAUAUUCUGUGAUUUGAGCUACAGAAAAAUAAAUAAUUUAAAAUAA